AUGACUACCGAACGCCAACUGGGCAAAUGGUGCCGAUUUCAUUUCGAAACUGGGACGAUCAGUAUCCCUAGCAUUUUUAUCACAAACACCGGAAACCUCCGUUCCCUAUUUAAAGAAAAAGAUGAAUACGAGAUGAAAGAUGUAGACGUGUCGACUGGGCGCGUCUUUGCGGACUACAUAAUGAGCCGUAGAUAUGACGUCGACUACGAGACCGUAGCACGAGACGAGAGAAUGGCUUUGAGAGAGUAUAUGAUUGCACUAAAGGCCUGGGCUAUGGGACGCCGAUAUAACCUCUAUGGUCUGGUUGUCCUAGCCAGAGAACAUGUCAUCGACUUGGCUGAGCUUGUGAACCCUAUUUGCGUACUCGAGGUGACAGUUGAUACUCCCUUGGCGAUGAAACACAUCACCGGUAUCAUCCACCGAAUCGACGACUUCACUUGGGAUGUCUUGGAGACCACAACAAAACGGCAGGCGACAGACAUUCUCUUGCACAUGCAACCUCCAGAUACAGUGGGUCGGCUAUGGGUGAUGCUCCAGUUCAUGCAGAAAGCCCAGGGACCGGCUCUACAACGAGGCCAGCGUCUGGUUGCCCAGACCCUUCCAACCCUUCUGCCAGGCGUAACAGAAUACUUGCAGUUGCGCCAAGAAUUGAUGCGAGCAAGGGAGGGUAUAAACCCUGAAGAUGAUACCCCCUUCGAGGAGGAUGUCGAUGAGUACGAUGAAAUUCCUUUUGAUCACUUCAUUCCAGGUGCCAAGAUCAAGUGUGGAAAGAUCAUGCGGGCCAUGGUCGGAAGCAUCAAGAGUAGCCAAAACAUCGGUACCCGCAAUAAGGAAAAGCCGUCCAAGAGGGACAAGUAUAUUUUUUACUGUCCGUUCUAUUUCAUCAGAUCAUCUUUAAGAUGA